CGGCGCCGCGUCACCUCUUCAGCGCCGUCUGGCCGCUCGUGCUGGCGCUGCCCACCACCGGCGAGUACAUGCACUGUCUGCCGGAGUGGUGCGGCUUCGUCGCCAAGUACUUCGGGCCGCGGCAGCUGAAGGUCCUUCUUCAGGACGUGCUGGACCACAUCGGUCCGGACAGACAGUUCGAGCAGCACUACCCGCAGCUGGAGGCGCUGCUCACCAAGGCAAUCGGCGACGGAUCGCAGCUGCACCAUCUGGUGCACAUGACCAGCUUCUCCACGCUGCUGGAGCUGCUGCAGCAGGACGAGGUGCGGCAGCGGGUCAGUCGUCGGCUGCUGCAGCUGCUGACGAGCUGCCAGCAAGAGCUGACGACCGAGCCGGCCCUGGUGGAGCUGGGCAUGGCCUGCUGCCAGACCCUCCAUGACUCUGUCACGAUGCUGUCCCUGGACGACGAGCGGCGGGAGACGAGCGCACUGAUCUGCCAGUUCCUGCAGCGGGCCGUGGACCUGACGCCCUCGCAGCUGGAGAGCUCGCUGGACCUGCUGGUGCAGGCGCGCGGCGGUUUCUGCAACCUGGAGUCGGUGACGACGCACCUGGUGGUGGCGGUGCACGCGGACCAGCCGUCCCAGGGGCCGCUGUACCUGGUCAGGGGCCUGCUGGCGGCCCUGGACAGGAUGUCGUGGCUCCAGGGGACGGAUGAGCUGGCUGCGCUGAUGAUCGACUUUCUCCGCCUGCUGUCGGCGCUGUCGCAGCCCGAGUACCUGUACUCCGUCCCCGGCGGUGAGUGCCUGUACUCGGUCCCCGGCUGUGAGUACCUGUACUCCGUCCCCGGCGGUGAGUGCCUGUACUCGGUCCCCGGCGGUGAGUGCCUGUACUCGGUCUCCGGCGGUGAGUGCCUGUACUCGGUCUCCGGCGGUGAGUGCCUGUACUCGGUCCCCGGCGGUGAGUGCCUGUACUCGGUCCCCGGCGGUGAGUGCCUGUACUCGGUCCCCGGCGGUGAGUGCCUGUACUCGGUCCCCGGCGGUGAGUGCCUAGACCGUCGGAUGACGAGCACCGGCGGCCGCCAGCUCGGAGCGUCUGCAUGGGGUGGCGAGCGGUGGGUGGAAGGGUGGUGCUGCCGGCCGCGGUAG